AUGGCUGUUGGAGGAUGGCUGCUUCAGGACGUGAUUGAAGAGCUUCAGGGCAGAGGAGAUAAAACGGGGGCUGCAGUGGGAGAGAGGCUCAUUGAGAUCAUUGUGAAUUUGGUCUACUCCUCUGUCGCUCUCCGUCUUGCCAUUCUCCCAGUGAUGGCUCCACGCUCUCGCCCACAGUUCCUCGCCGUCCUGAGGAUCGCUUGUCUGCUCAUGGUCACCCGCGUCCAGGUCCGAGCACACGGGAAGAUGUUCGUUCUCCGGCCAAUGAAUGGGAACGCGCAGUGGGACCUGGCCGCGGCCCAAGGAUUGUGCAGAGAGCAGGGGGCGCGCCUGGCUACAGCUGACGAGCUGCGGCGAGCGGUGGAGGAGUGCGCGUUCACAGAGUGUACCACUGGCUGGAUCGCAGGCAACCAAAUCGGGAUAACCAUGUGCAAUAACACAGGAUUUAGCCAACAGGGCCUUCAAACCAUUCGAGUAAAAACUGAAGCAGCUUCUUCACCUGGUCCAUAUGAUUCAUUCUGCAUUAAAGAUCAAGGUAAACCUUGUGGAGACCCUCCAUCCUUUCCCAAUACCAUUCUCCAGGGCCACACCGGAAUUGAAAUGGGUGAUGAACUGCUUUAUGUCUGCGCCCAAGGUUAUAUCAUGGCCAACAGGGAGAAAGCGUUUAGCUUAUUGUGUGAUAGCUGUGGAGAAUGGUAUGGAUUCGUUCAAGCCUGUAUCAAAGAUAAAACUGAGGGACAUGUUGACUAUGAAGACAAGUUCCCUGAUGAAGACUCAAUGUCUUUUGCCAAUCUUAAUGAGCAAGGAAGAAUCAUUGUUUCUGAGGAUGGUGAGACAGGUCUGGGUGAUGAACUAGGUGAAGGUACUGAUGGAUCAAUAGGAGAGGAUGGCCAAGAAACACUUAAAUCAACUGAGUCACCAGUUUCAUUACUCAGCCAGAAGCAUCUAUUUUGGUUCCCUUCUGAGGUGUUUCCCAAUACUGAGCAGCCAGAUACCAAGGAACCAGACAUGAAGUCCAAAAUCCAAAUUACUUCAAGUGACAAUCAAAUUGGGGUGAAGACUGAUGUUACCAAAAGGGUCCAAACAGCCAAAGGCAAAGAUUUACCUGAUGAACCAUCCAUUGUGCACAAUGAAACUAAAGUUAUCAAGGAAACUAUUGCAAGUACAGAUGAAACCUGGGUAGAUGGCUAUCCCAUUGUAUCAGAAAACACAGAGGAAGGUGAGAAAGUUGACGGAUCAAUAGAAGUAGAGAGUAAAACUACUAUCACCACAGACCAUUCCAACUACAUUGAGAUCAGCAGGGCCGAUACUCCAAGCACAACCUCUGCCACUCACUACACACAGAUAAGUGUACCAACUAGAAUGCCAGGUCAAGGAGGUAAACAGGUGGACAUCGGACUAACACCAACUACAGAACCUGAAAAUGCCAGUGUCAGGAAAGCUAUUGAAGGUGCCAAUUUCUACACAACUACCUUUUUGAUUACAAAUGCUGAUGCGUCCCGGAAAUCCCCUGAUGUAAUGACUGCAUCUUUGCCAUCUCUGGAAAACACUGGAGUAAGUGAAGGUUUAUACCCUGUUGAUCAUACCCCAAUCCCCACAGAAACAGAGGAGAUUUCAACCCAUUAUACUUUGACUUUAGGCACACCUGAAGCUAGUACUCGGACUUGGAUGGAUUUUACAGAAAUAGACAUUAUUGAUGCAUUUGCUAAAGGGGAGAAUUUCAGUGAUGGCACAGAGGCCAAACUGCUCCCCACUGUUGACAGCUGCACAGGACCUGAAUGUUUGCACUCAAAUAAAGGUCCCAUAAUCGCGGUCAUCGUAGCAGUGAUUGGUCUGCUGGUAUUAGCAGUAAUAUUGGCGAUAUGGUGCUACAAACGCAGACACCAGAAAACUUCCAUAUACCAACUGAAUGGAAAGGGACAGGUGAGACGCACUGAGCACAUUGAGAUGCAGCGUAAACUGUAAUUUAAAACUUUGCUUAUCAAGAAAUGUUCUGUAACAAAAGUGGGGCUAUCAGAACUGACCAACUUAAAAUGGGAAGCAUUCUGAUCUAGCAUGAAUUGUCUUAAUUCUAAGUUGCUUUCAAUAGUCACCAUAAUAAAGAAAUAUGCUUAAAAAUACCUGGGUUAAGCAGAAUCAACAAUGAGUUUAAUUAGUUAAGCAGACAAAACCAAAAGUGUUUCCAAUGGAAGAACGAUGGGUGUACCAAUAACCUCUGGGCAGGGACACCUUCUUCUUCGGUUGCAAUCAGGCAUUAUAAAAUUUGACUCAACUUCCUCAAGAAUCUUGUAAAAUUAAGGGUGGGAGCUUGAAAUGGUCCCUGUCA